AGCUCUGGAUAUUUGGGAGGCUGCUGUGUCAUUCUGCCUGAAACAGGGGCUUCAGACGCAAGUGACUACAGGAGCUAGCAAGUGAUGACAAGCAGGAAGAAGCCAGGCCCCACCAUGAGGCCCCAGCCCCUCCGCAGUCCGCAUGCUCCCAUGGCCCCGGGCGCACCGUGCUAGCCCCAGCCAGGGUGAGGGGAGGCUCCGGCCAUGGCCAGCCACGUGGACCUGCUGACCGAGCUGCAGCUGCUGGAGAAGGUGCCCACGCUGGAGCGCCUGCGCGCUGCCCAGAAGCGCCGGGCACAGCAGCUGAAGAAGUGGGCGCAGUAUGAGCAGGACCUGCAGCACCGCAAGCGCAAGCAUGAGAGGAAGCGCAGUGCAGGUGGCCGCCGCAAGAAGGUGUCCUUCGAGGCCGGGGUGGCGCUGCUGGAAGCCUCGCUGAGGAACGACGCAGAGGAAGUCCGCUACUUCCUGAAGAAUAAAGUCAGCCCUGAUUUGUGCAAUGAAGAUGGACUCACAGCCCUGCACCAGUGCUGCAUCGACAACUUUGAGGAAAUUGUCAAGCUACUCCUUUCCCACGGUGCCAAUGUGAAUGCGAGGGACAACGAGCUGUGGACGCCCCUGCAUGCUGCAGCCACCUGUGGCCACGUCAACCUGGUGAAGACCCUCGUCCAGUAUGGGGCUGACUUGCUGGCUGUCAAUUCCGACGGGAAUAUGCCCUAUGACCUCUGUGAGGAUGAGACCACCCUGGAUGUCAUCGAGACCUGCAUGGCCUACCAAGGCAUCACCCAAGAUAAAAUCAACGAGAUGAGAGCAGCACCCGAGCAACAGAUGAUUUCAGACAUCCACUGUAUGAUUGCGGCCGGCCAGGAUCUUGACUGGAUAGAUGCCCAGGGUGCCACAUUGCUGCACAUAGCAGGAGCCAAUGGAUACCUGCGGGCAGCAGAACUCCUCCUGGACCACGGAGUGCGUGUGGAUGUGAAGGACUGGGACGGAUGGGAGCCUUUGCAUGCAGCAGCCUUCUGGGGACAGAUGCAGAUGGCAGAGCUGUUGGUAUCCCAUGGAGCUAGUCUGAGUGCCAGGACCUCCAUGGAUGAGAUGCCAAUUGACCUGUGUGAAGAGGAGGAGUUCAAGGUCCUGCUGCUGGAGCUCAAGCACAAGCACGAUGUGAUCAUGAAGUCCCAGCUGAGGCACAAGUCAUCUCUGAGCCGCAGGACAUCUAGCACAGGCAGCCGGGGGAAGGUAGUGCGUCGAGCCAGCCUGUCGGACAGGACCAACCUGUACAGGAAAGAGUAUGAGGGAGAGGCCAUCUUGUGGCAGCAGCGGAGUGCCUCGGAGGAUCAGCGCACGGCCACCUACAACGGCGACAUCAGGGAGACCAGGACAGACCAAGAGAAUAAGGACCCGAACCCCAGGUUGGAGAAGCCCGUGCUACUCUCAGAAUUUUCUACUAAGAUCUCACGGGGUGAACUGGACGGGCCUGUUGAAAAUGGCCUCCGGGCUCCAGUGAGUGCCUACCAGUAUGCACUGUCCAAUGGCGAUGUCUGGAAGAUGCAUGAGGUACCUGACUACAGCAUGGCCUACAGCAACCCAGGGGUGGUCGAUGCUACUCCUCCCUGGAGUGGCUACAAGGAGCAGAGCCCCCAGACGCUUCUGGAGCUGAAACGGCAGCGGGCUGCAGCCAAGCUUCUCAGCCACCCCUUCCUGAGCACCCACCUGGGUAGCAGCAUGGGCAGAGCAGGGGAGAGCAGCAACGAAGGCAAGGCUCCCUUGAUCGGAGGCAGAACUUCACCCUACAGCAGCAAUGGGACCUCAGUGUAUUACACAGUCACCAGUGGAGAUCCCCCACUCUUAAAGUUCAAGGCCCCCAUGGAAGAGAUGGAGGAGAAAGUCCACGGCUGCUGCCGCAUCUCCUAGUCUCCCAGUGCUGGAGGAGAGAGAUGCUCCGGGGAGGGGUCCCUGGAGUUCAGGCCUGCCCAACAGCCCUGGCUGGGGAGGCAUCAGGGGGCAGGCCAGAAGAGGUGGGCUCUACUGAGUCCCACCCCUCAUCCAGCUUCCUGCAGCAUUCCCAUUCCCCCUCCUUCCUGCUUCCUGCUGCAUUGUCUGCCAUCUGAAACAUAGCAGCUUGAUUCAUUCUGCUGUCCAAUUGGGGGAGGGUGGGCUUGGGCUCCAGUUCUGUUCUUGGUAAAGGCUUUUGGGGACCAGGACUCCCAUGUGUCUCACACACUCACACAUACACACACACACACACACACAGAGUCUGUCUACAUGUGCAAGAACAACACAUCUGAACUCUUUGGGAAGCAGGUGGGGCUGAGACUUGGUGGCCAUUUCCCCGAAGGAUCCAGGGAAGACUUAGGCUCAGUACUUCUGCUGAUAUGGGGAGGGUCUGCUGGGCUGAGUCCCACAGUCCUGCUCUGAGUCAUGCUAGGGGCCAGCUAGGCUACUAUCCACACCUGGCAGGGACAGAAAGUCCUCUCUUGUGUUUGGGAGAGCCACGAAUCCACAGGGAUUAGAUGUGAUGGACACAGGCCUCACUGAGUGCUGCUUUCCUGCUCCGAAUGGCAAGAGCUAUGUGACAGCCCAGGGUGGAAAACCAGGCCGUUCUACUCCUAAGGAAACCAGAGUGGGAGAAUCAGGGGUGCAUUUAAUACAAACGUGUGUGUGUGUGUGUGUGUGUGUGUGUGUGUGUGUGUGUGUGUGUGUGUGUGUGUGUGUGUG